CACCACGUCUAAGUAUGGAGCCUCUCACAUUCCACGCUUCCUAAUUCAAAACCGCGAUCGGUGCAUGUUUGUCUUUUUGUGUUUAGUUUCGUGAACCAUCUCCUGAUUUCUUCGAGGCUUCUGUAUAUUGACACCAGAGAACACCAUGCCUCGCCGCAUUGAUGAUUCCCCAGCUUCAGCGAGUGAAGAAGAGGAGGAAGAAUACUCGGUUGAAAAAGUAGUUGAUAGGAGAAUGAAUGGGAAUAAGGUUGAAUAUCUUCUGAAGUGGAAAGGCUAUGGCGAUGAGGACAACACAUGGGAGCCAGAGGACAAUUUAGACUGUCCAGAUUUGAUAGAGGAGUUUGAAAGGAGAAGGAAAGAAGAUUUAAAGAAAAAAGAAGAAAAGAAAAAGAAGACAGAAUCAAAUAAUGCAAGUAAAGAAUCACAUAAGACCUCAAAUAAAACUUCAAGCAAGGAAUCCAGUAAAGUAUCCACUAAAGAUUCAAGUAAAGAUGCAGUUAAAGUUGUAAAGAAAGAAAUGACAAAAGAGUCAAGUAAAGAUACAACAAAAGAUUCAAGUAAAGAUACAACAAAGGAUUCUAGUAAAGAGACAGUAAAAGACUCUAAUAAAGAAAUAACAAAAGAUUCUAAUAAAGAAAUAGCAAAAGAUUCUAGCAAAGAAAUAGUAAAAGAUUCUAGCAAAGAAACAAAAGAUUCCAGUAAAGAGACGACAAAAGAAUCAAAUAAAGAGACAUCAAAAGAUCCAGUGAAAGACUCAAACAAAAAUUCUGUUAAAGAUGCCAUUAAAGAUUCAAGAGAUAGAGAUUUAAAAGAGGCAGACAAGGAAUCCCAGAAGAGAAAGUCAAGUGGAAAGGAACCUCCUAGAAAGAAAACAGCAACUUCAGAUAGUGGUCCCCGAGGAUUUGACCGUGGAUUAGAGGUGGAAAAAAUUAUUGGUGCCACAGAUACGGAGAAUGGUGACUUGAUGUUCUUGAUUAAAUGGAAAGGGUUAAGCGACGUAGAAUUGGUUCCAGCCAAAGAGGCCAAUGUCAAAGUACCACAGUUGGUUAUCAGUUUUUAUGAAGCAAGAUUAACGUGGAACACCACACACAGAUGAGGAAAGUUAAAUCUGGCAGAAAUGAGAUCAUGCAUGAUUCAUAUAAAAGAGAUCUUGAGUAUACCAGCUUGUUUUUUCUUUUGUAAAUGAAAGAACUUGCUGCAGUAAAGUGCAGUACAGUAUAUUUUUAUUACUUUUAUAAGAAAACAUUUUUCUAAUAGAGUAUUUUGAGAACUAUUCUUCUUUAGUUCAGAUAGUACAAAAAUUUUAAUUUCAUUUGUAUAUUGUAUAGGCCAAUAAUAUAUCACUCACACUGCCUAAGAAAGGUCUCCAAGGUUUUUUUUUUGUGUGUGAGUGUAUUUGUGUGUAUGUGAAAAAAGUAGUUAAAUAAAGGAACUCUUUUUACUGCUGUUUAUGAAUAAUAUUAGUUAUUCUUUAGAGGUUAGAAAUUGUUGAGAAUCUGGACAAGAAGAAUUAGUUUUAUUUGUAGUAAAGAAACUUGAUGUGGGCAUAGGUACUCAAGUCUACUUUUAUUUUUACUUAAAUGUCAUUGUUUUUCACACUACUCCAGUUGGAUUAAUUUUUUAUAGUAAUGACUGAAACAUAAGAACAAGAAAAUGAUUUUAUGUUUGAGAAAAUGAGAAUCCUGCUAUGAUCAAGCUCUCAUUUUUUUUAUUUCACAAUCAAGUGGUGUUAUUGGAAUAUCCUGUAAAUAUUUUGUCUUUAUACAAAACAUAUAAGAUUGUUGCCUUUUUUUCUACCCUUUCCCCACUUUGGGAAGUGUAAGAUGUUAAUAGUGCUAAAUAGUAUUGAAUAACUUUUUUA